GAGGAGAAGGGGGGAGAGAGAGAGAGAGAGAGAGAGAGGAGAGGGUUUAGGAUUCAGAAUUCGAAUUCCGACUCGGAUAGCUCGAUGGCGUCUCCCUCUCCGCUGGCUAUCGACGACGCGAUCGCGUUCCUGGACACUUUGAUUGCAAGGUUGCAAAUUCCGUCUGCCGCCGCCUCCUCCAGCUCGGACCCUGCAGCAGCAGCAGCAGCACCUGCGGUGGACUCGCCCUCCGCGUCUGCCAAGAAGGGAGACGAGGCUCCGCCGCAAGUAUUUCUCAGGAGUGCCGCGCUCUCCAAAGAAGAUCAAGAGGCGGGCAAGGGAUCCAUUCUGAACAAGCCGGGCAGGAAAUCUCUCAAGACUCCUGGAGCAGCAGCCUCAGCAGCAGCAGGAGCUACUGACAAGCCUGUCAAAGCUGCACAACCGAGUGGCGGCAGCAUUUCUGAGAAUGCAGAGAAUUAUGACAAAGCGCACCUCCAGGUCGGGCUGGUGCAGUCCGUAGACGAUCAUCCCAUUUCGGAGAAGCUUUACAUUUGCAAAGUUGAGAUUGCUGAUGGGCAAGUUCGUCAGGUGGUGGCGGGUCUCAAGAAGUUCCUCGCUCCUUCAGAGCUGCAAGGCAAGAAAGUGUGUGUGAUUCUCAACCUCAAGCCAGCCAAGCUCGCCGGACAACUGAGCGAAGCCAUGAUUCUUGCUGGUGACGCGAAUUUGGAUGGUGUGGAAUCUGUCAAGGUUCUGGAGCCUCCGGCCGAAGCUUCCGUCGGGGACCGCGUUUAUCUUCAGGGUAGUUCCCCCAGCGCAAGCCCAGUUAAGCAGCUGAGCUCGAAAAUCUGGGAGAAGGUCGUUCCUAUUCUGAAAGUGGAAGGUGGUGUUGCUACUUUUGACAAGAUUCCUCUCGUUACAUCGAGCGGUGUUGUCCGCGUUCCUUCGCUCCCCGAUGGAGCUGGAAUCCACUGAUUACGGAUUUGUCCCAUUUCCUUCUCGACAUUCUCUCAUUCGUACUCGACAAUCCCGUACAGAUCUGUCCAUGGAUAUCAGAACCACAGAUAACGACUUGAAGCCCUGCGGUAGCUCCUACGCGGUGACGAAGCAUCAUCAGCCCUCACUCCAACCGUCGCUGGGAUACAUUGCCCAUCUAUCGAAGGUGGUCCGUCCGUCUCUUUUUUACAGUGAGGCAAAUACAUGCAGAAACCGGUCAGGAGUAUGGGACUAGAGUAAUCUAGAGUAGAUGCUCAGAAAACUCAGACGUGAUCGAAAAUUUGAUUGAUCCUCGAUGGAGGAUGUACACUUAUCAGAUCAGAGUAUCAUCUGGUUACAUUGACUUACUGAGUUGCAAUGGCUCCUCUGAGUGGUCAAGGCAUUAUCACCAAAGAAAUAGAACUAACGUAAAGCCGGCAACAUUGUGGCUCUCUCUCUGUCUGCCCGAGUGUUAUGGCACCCGGGCUAUAAAUUAUGGAACUCAUAUCACUCCUGCUC